AUGGAGUCUCCCACGGCGGCGAUAGCGGCGGAUGUCGCGGCGAUAACGAACGGCUCGGCGAACUGGGCUUUUGAGGAAGACGCGACUGCCUUUAUGCCGACGGUUGAGGGGGAGGCUGACUGCAGUGUGGUUGAGGAGGAGGAGAUGUGGAAGGUGGUUGGUCAUUUCCUCAUGCGAAAGAUGAUAAAACUUGACUUCAUGCGACAGGUUUUUGUAUCCGUAUGGCAGCCGGUCAGAGGGGUCCAGGCUAUUUUGGAGCAGGCGGAAAACUUUCUCGGUACCUUUAUUAAACAUGAUGACCGCUUUGAGGCGGCCCCAUGGCUAACUUUCCAUCGCAUUCGGGUAUCAAUACCGGUUGAUCAGCCACUCCAUAGGGGAAUGAAGUUGAUGAAGAGAGAUAAGACUACUGCAUGGGUCACUUUCCGGUAUGAACGGUUGCAUAAGUUUUGCUAUUUUUACGGGUGCAUGGGGCACUUGCACACUUUUUGUAUUCAUGCUAGGGAUGCAGGAGUUCCACUGGAACGGUACCCGUAUGGUCCGGAUAUGCGUGCUGGUGGAUCCCAGAGCGCUCCUAGAGCGGUUGGGGAUAACUGGCUCAUACCGGUAGGAGGGAGGCCGCGACCGGUGGUGUCUAGGGAGGUGGUAACUGCCACGGCAGCAGCGGCACCGGAAGGUGGCAGUGGGGUGCGGUUUGGAGGGUCGGAGGAGGAAUGUUUGGUCUCUUCGGCAAAGCGCCGGCGACAGGUACAUACUAACGGAGAGGAGGUGGUGGGGAGUGGUGGUGAUGUGCCUAUGCAAGAUGGUUCAAAAAACUUGUCCAUGGCAGGAGCUGGUGCCCAGCCCCGCCCAUCAUCAUGA